UCGUCACUCUCAGCAGUGUCUUUAGAGACUUGGAAAGCAAUUACAGACGCAAGAAGAAUAGAUCAGAAUAUAACCUCUAUCACACUUUUGACUUGCCUGAUUGCGGUCGUCGAGCUAGAGCUAACUUCGUUCAUCUCUACUGAUUCGAGCACUAUGCUGCUGUGACCUUUCUCAAUCAUUCGCCAUCUUUUCACUUCUAUCGCUGCUUAUGAUUGUGCUUUCACGAUGAUGCAGAUAUUUGUCUUCAUCGCGCAGUCUCUAGGCGACGUGAUCUCUCUAAGAAUAGUCGCCGCCAAACGCCUUCUUCUCUCGCAAUCGCAAUCCGGAUCAUCAUCAACAAUCCAACCCGCCACCUCCGCGCGCAAAUCACGAAAUCAAUCAUCAUCAAGCUCAUUCUAUGCGGCAAAACUACAGAUCUUUGUCGCCGUCGUCGUCAUCUCGGCUUACAAGCUCUGGAAACGCGUGCUGCAUAUCCUCGUCGGCCUCAGCGCGCUCGACAGACUCGCUCGCCAGGGCGCAAUCGCACUCGCCCGCACGCAAAACUACAACAACUCGCUUGCGCGCGACGCGCCCGCCGCCGCCUCGCAGAUCUCGGAACUGACUCGGAAACUGCGGUACAACGACUGGCUCUGUCGGCGGUCGAUCUGGCGGAUCUCGAACGAGCUCUAUUUGUCGACCGCGCUGCACGAGGAACUUGACACGAUCGAGCGGUUUGCGACGACGUCGUCGGUGAUGACUGCUUCUGAUCUCGCGACGUCGGUGACGAUCUCGCUGUCCCGCAGAAAAGAUAUAUCGUUCGAGUCGCCGGGGUAUGUGUUUUUGGAGCGGCACGCGGUUAAGAGCCAUAUACUCGUAAAGUGCUUUGAGAACGAGGUGGGAGCUGCUUGUGCUCAGCGCGCAGAUUGGCUUCCUUCGUCUUCAGACAUAUCUACAACUUCCUCAACAAUAGCAGAAAAAUCAACCACCGCGACAUCCUCACACAGUCCAAAAUCUACAACAAGAUUCAGCAGCCUAGAGAUUACCAGCCUCAGCACAAGUGACAUGUUUGUCGAACUAUGGCAUGCAGUCCACGCCGCCGAGUCGUGGCCAUCGUCGUUACCCCCUCUGAUGUCCCGCGAGUCACGCGCGGGGUUCAACUGGGUCACUCUCGGUUUCCAAGGUUUCGAUCCUACCGACGAUCUUCGCGGCACCGGCCGGUUCGGAAUCAUCGCGUUCCACAGCUUUGUUCUUAACCAUCCGUCGAGAGCAGCGCAGAUCGUGGUCGAGUCCAGAUCGCCGGAUAUACAUAUGGACAUGAUCACCACGCCUUGGUAUCCCGCCGCGCUCGCGUCGAUCCACGUCUGCGCGUUCAUCGCGCGCCUGUGCGCCACCGGCCAGCUUCGCAUGUGGCUCUUUUUCAGUCUUGCGCCGGUUGACCGGAACUCGUCUGUACCCGAAGAUAAGAAGGAUGGAAACACAAGGGAGGUCGAAAGCUGCUGGAAGUUAGUGCUAGACCUGCACUCCUACAUAUUGUUUGAGUUCCACAAUUACUGGAAAGCAGACGUCAAGCGCCGGACAGUCAAGACCGUGAUGGACUUUGAAAAGUGCUUUGCAAGGUUCUGCGCGAAAUUGACCGCCAUGUUGGUUAUGACCCGUCCUGCGCCGUUUGAGCUUGACAAUUAUAAUUUUGCCUACGCGAGCAGGGUGCAUGAGGACUGGAUUGAUUGGGACGUCGCCUGUCCUGACGACGGCGCUGUCGAUGCUUAUUACCCCGGCGGCGGAAAGAGCAGCAGAAGCAUGCGCCUGGGCAAAGAGGAUGAAUACAUCGUCCGACCAGUUCCGAUCGGCAAAGGCGGGUUUUCAGGAUACUUUUCUCUAGCAGCCCACGACGACGACAUCUUUGCCGAAGACGACGAGGACGACGAGGUGUACCACAGCGCGGCGACGUAUUCUUCUGCAGAGGAAGACGAGGGCCGGUCCUCUGCUUUGGAAGCGUUUGAGCUCAAGAACUUGUCGAGAAAGGCGGAGAUGAAGGCAAAGGCAAAGGCCGCUUGAGCUUUCUUUUGUGGGCUCUAGGAUGUAACUCAGGGGGAUGUAGAUAUAAGAGGAAGUGGGAGUAUGUGGUGAUGCGGGAGACAUAUAUCUCAUAAUGACACAACGCAAAUCUGUAUAUUUACAACGACUAUCGAUUCUAGCAAUAAUAUCUAAUUCAAAUUCA